CGGGCGCAAGGUGGUUCUCUCGUUCUGAUAGGACGUCAUAUGACAUCCUCCCAUUCUCACUGCGCAUGCGCGCGCUCAGGGAGCGCUGUGUCCCUCGGACAUGUGAUCAGCUGUGUCCAAUCACAGCUGUUCACAUGGGACAUGUACACUGAUUAUCAGGGCACUGAUGAUCAGUGUGCCCUGAUGAUCAGUGUGGCCCCAGAAGUGCCACCUGUCAGUGCUCAUCAGUGCCACAUGCCAGUGCCCAUCAGUGCCACAUCAAUGCCACAUAUCAGUGCAUACCAGUACACAUCAAUGCCACAUAUCAGUGCCCAUCUGAGCUGCCUUUCAAUGUCACCCAUCAGUGCCAGUUAGUGCCACCUAUCAAUGCCAAUCAGUGCCACCUAUCAGUGCUGCCAAUCAGUGCCAGUCAAUGUCGCCUAUCAGUGCCAGUCAGUGCCGCCUGUCAGUGCCAGUCAGUGCUGCCUAACAGUGCCAGUCAGUGCUGCCUAUCAGUGCCGCCUAUCAGUGUAAUGUAUCAGUGCUUCCUUUCAGUGCCCAUCAGUGAUGCCUGUCAAUGGCCAUCAGUGCAACCUACCAGUGCCUCCUCAUCAGUGCCCUUCAGUGCCACCUAUCAGUG